AAAUUGAGAAAAGAGGGGCAUUUCAAACUUGACCGCGUCGGGGGAGAUAGAUCCACCUGUCAAUAACGCGUAACGCGGCCCAUGUGAGCUUAUCGACGUGCUUUUUCGCCCGGUGGUGUGACACAAUGGCGCACGUGGUGUGACGCGACGUGACACGCGGCGAGCCAAGGGCGAGCGAACAAUGCACGCGCGCGCGCGGGAUACUUAUUUAUAAGCGAUACGACGGUGACGGUGACGAGGCGUGACAUGCGCCAUGGGUAAUAACGACGCUAACGACGCUAAAGACGCUAAAGUCGUGAGCUGCAGCCCAGACCAAGAGGAAGAGGAGCGGCAAUGGUCGCGUGCCGGCGCCGGUUCGCACGUGUCAACGUAUGCCGCAAAGGUCUUUCGUUCACUGUCGCGUGGAAGACAUGGAGGAGUGGUUGAACACACUGAGAACAGUGACGGAGAAUCGUCCUCAGGGUGAUCCUGGAACUGCCGAGUUACUGGGAGGUAAUCAUCAGUGGUAUGCAACUAGUCACGCCAGACCCACCUAUUGCAACGUCUGCAGAGAUGCCCUGCAUGGUGUUACUUCCCACGGUUUCAGUUGCGAAGCUUGUAAAUACAAGGUGCACAAGAGAUGUAGCGCGAAAGCAAUAAAUAAUUGCAAGUGGACCACCUUAGCAUCCAUUGGAAAGGAUAUCAUCGAGGACCAAGAUGGGAACAUCACAAUGCCACAUCAGUGGAUGGAGGGAAAUUUGCCAGUGUCCUCAAAAUGCUUCGUCUGCGACAAGACGUGUGGCUCUGUACUUAGGCUUCAAGAUUGGCGGUGUUUAUGGUGCAAGGUAACUGUGCACACAGCAUGCAGACCUGCCGUAAGCGUCAGGUGUCCGCUAGGACCAGCUAAACUCAGCGUAGUGCCUCCUACAGCUUUGCAUAGUAUAGGUAGCGACGAAGCUUGGGAAGCAGUUAGACCUACGGGAUGCAGUCCACUUUUAGUAUUUGUAAACAGUAAAUCUGGUGACAAUCAAGGUAUCAAGUUUCUUAGAAGAUUUAAACAAUUACUGAAUCCCGCACAAGUGUUCGACCUUAUAAAAGGAGGACCAGGUCCAGGAUUAAGACUGUUCCGACACUUUGAUCCAUUCCGGAUCUUAGUGUGCAGUGGCGACGGAUCCGUAGGAUGGGUCCUCUCGGAAAUCGACCGGCUUGGAAUGCACCAAUUUGCCUUUUACUUUUCAACGUUAUACAAUGCACGAAUAUUUCAAUUGUCAUCUAAAUGCGAUAUACAUGAGAAUAGAGCAACAUAUUCUUUUAAUAUGCAUUUUCUUUUUAUGUACAUACAUAUAUGUAGUACGAUUUCUCAUUGUGCCAAUGUCGCGACGAAGCAAUGUCAGGUUGGAGUAUUACCUUUGGGGACGGGAAAUGAUUUGGCGCGCGUGUUAGGCUGGGGAUCGUCGUGCGACGAUGACACGCAUUUACCUCAGCUACUGGAGAAGUACGAAAAAGCGGGUACCAAGAUGCUGGAUCGAUGGAGUAUUAUGACAUUCGAACGCAGCAUAUCUCUGCCAUGUCACAAAGUGACUCAGCCCGACCCGGCUGUAAAAUCGAGCAUAGCUCAUCAGUACGAAGACAGCGUUCUUGCUCAUAUAACAAACAUUUUGCAGUCUGAUCAGGAGAGCGUAGUUAUAUCUAGUGCCAAAAUCUUAUGCGAAACAGUUAAAGACUUUGCAACACAUAUACUGGAAGCCAGUCUAAACACAGGGGACCAACAAUUGGGAGAAAAAUGCACAAUACUCGAACAAAAACUGGACCUGUUGUUGCAAACAUUAUCCAAAGAGGAAAGCUAUUUAUCCGAUAAUACAGAACAAAUUGACAUUGGCACUCUAGAAACUUUUAGCAGUAUCCAGGAGAAAGGUGCUUUAGAAAAGCCAGAGAAAGAAAUGACCAAUUUAAAAAAAGUUAAAAGAAGAAGAUGUUACUUGGAGAAAGACGUUGUCAUGUCUAGAGCAAACAGCUUGAAGAGAGCCAUCAGGAGGUUAGUGGAACACACGGAAACAGCUGUCGAUGAGCAGAACAAUCCUGCGGACGAGCAGAACAAUCCUGCGGAGAAGCAAGGCGGGAAGAUGCCAAAUAUCGCUAUAAUACCCGAUCCAAUAAGUAUUAUGACAAGUAAAAAGCAGCAAUUGGAUAUCCCGGGUUUGUCGGAUGAAACCGACAACGCGAGCUUGAUACCGACUAUAGAAUCCGGCGGCAGCAUCUCACCUUGUCCGAGUCCUACUCCUAACGUGGCAUCCUUGAGCCCGAUGCCGGACUUACGGAGAGACUCGCAGCCCGAAGAAUUACUCACUCUUCCUGCACCCGACGGUUUCGCCGACAGUAGACGCAACAGCGAAAACAUAGCACAGGGAGUUCUCACUUUUGACGCGGCCGCGGCGACACUGUCUGCCGGCAGUUCGCUUCAACAUCAACAAGAUAAUUUCCUGUCGUCCGAACCGACGCAAAUAGAAGCUCCCUCCGACGUUCCUAUAACCGUGACGAAGACUGUCUUAGACGCGAGUACGCCGUCGGACGAUGCGACCAUGCAAGAAGAUAAUACCAUCGUUUCGCCUGACACGGAUUCGCUUCAGUCGAGAAACAUAUCACCGGAGCACGCGCGAAAGCCCGCGGCAACGAAACUGGAGGCCCGGGGUAGCUGUACCAACAGCAUCGUCAGUACCGAUAGUAUGGUUUCCGAAACUUUUGACUCGAGGAGUUACACCGUGCGAAAUAGCGAGAGCGAAAUCGGGCAUAUAGACAGCGAUAUAUUCGACUCGACGAAAAGAUCGGAAAGAUCGGAAAGCUCGGAGAUCGGACACAUUGACUCGCCGGAUAAUUCCGAUAUGCUUUCCAGCGGGACUCAACAUUCCGAGAGCGGCCUGGAGGAUUUAAGUUCCCUCGGACAGGAUGUGAUCAGUGCGAUAAUGGGUGAGAAGUAUGAUUCUGUUAGGGAAGGUUUAGAGAUCGAAGAGUCGCAUAGAUAUUGCGGGUUAGCUCAGUUCAGCGAAGGGAACGAUAUCGGGAGACAAUCGUUCAAGAGGAGCACGAAAAACAUUAAGACGGACAAAGAGGCAAUGUUGAGUAAAUAUAAAACGGACGGUUUGACCACGUGCGUACGUGUCUCGGGGAUCAAGUCGAUGCAAUCCGUGGAGACGAAUGUAGUACUUGCGACGAGGCCGUACGAAACCAUUGAAAAGGAAAAACCGUCCGAUUUGCUGAGACCGGUAUGCUGCUUCACCGUCUCUGCGUCGUCGGACAACGCGCAGGCCAACGAGCAGUGCUCGACGAAUUUCCCGCCGCAGAUUAGCGUGAUCGUUGAUCCACCAAGCCCGUCGUUGUCAAUUGAGAGUCAUCACAGGCUUGAUGUAGAUUAUAAAUUGGAUCCGCACGAGUACAAGCGAUACAGCAGUGGCAACAGUAUGGAAAGAUUAAGCGUGGAGCUGCCUGACUCGGGCUUCUCUCCGCAAGCUACACGGCGUAUAAGCAGUGGCAGUUUGUUGAAGGCAUCGGAAGUUGUCUCACUGGCAGCAACUACCGCACGUCUAGGCGGCUCGAGCGUGAGCUUGCGCCACGAAAGAGCGAAAUCUGUGGAUAAGACGGAGGACGUGAAAAAACUUCCUAUAAUAAAUCCUCUGGUUCGACUGCCUAUGUGGCCAAAUGUAAGUGGCGGAGCUGGUCUCAUCAGUCAAGCGCUGCUGGCGAACGCAGAUGCUCUCUGUGCAGCGGUGUCGCCGCUAAUGGAUCCAGAUGAGACAUUGAUGGAAGGUUACUUUGAACGGUGCGUCAUGAACAAUUAUUUCGGUAUCGGCAUAGACGCCAAGAUCAGUCUGGACUUUCACAACAAGAGAGAGGAGCAUCCUGAGAAAUGUCGAUCGCGCGCCAAAAACUACAUGUGGUACGGGGUCUUGGGAUCGAAACAGUGGAUACAAAAGACUUACAAAAAUCUCGAGCAGCGAGUUCAGCUGGAGUGCGACGGUCAGAGGAUACCAUUACCUUCGCUUCAAGGGAUCGUUGUAUUAAAUAUACCGAGCUUCAUGGGCGGUACAAACUUUUGGGGAGGUACGAAGGAAGGGGAUCUAUUCUUAGCGCCGUCGUUCGACGAUCGCAUAUUGGAGGUAGUGGCGGUUUUCGGAUCUGUUCAAAUGGCCGCGUCGCGGCUCAUCAACCUGCAGCAUCACAGGAUAGCCCAAUGCCAGACGGUCCAGAUUAAUAUCUUGGGAGAAGAGGGUGUCCCUAUACAGGUCGACGGUGAGGCUUGGAUUCAGCCACCUGGUAUUAUAAGGAUUAUACACAAGAAUCGUAUGCAAAUGCUUUAUAGAAACCGGGCGCUUGAAACUUCAUUGAGAGCGUGGGAGGAGAAGCAGCGCAACACGUUGAGCGCCGUAACACAAUCCACUUCCACUGUAAGCAGUGCGUCGCAGUCGCAGUCGCAGUCGCAGUCGCAGUCGCAGUCGCAGUCGCAGUCGCAGUCCCAGUCCCAGUCGCAGCUUAGAGCACAGUUGCAAAUAUGUAGCAAGCCUCCUCAGUUGAACGACGAAGAACUCAACAUUCUAUUCAAUUUCAUCGAAGCUGCAACGACCUUGGUCAAGUCGGUAAAACUGUUAAUUAUUUCACAUCCAAGCCUGGAACCAGAUCUCUAUCAGAUAGCCGUGCGAACCGCAAAUGUGCUCGAGCAAGUACAUCCGCAUGGUAAAAUUUUGCAAGGGACUAGCCUGAGACCCACGGUAACCGAGUUGGUAUCAAGCUCACGGCAGUUGUAUGAAGAGUCUUGUGAAUUACUGCGCGAUAAAGCCCAUAAUUUGAAAUUACGAGAGGAUUUAGAAAACAAGUUGUCCCUAUCUCUAGCUAGUAUGGAACAGGAAUUACGCAAGUGUAUCUUUGACGAAGGAGGCACAGGACUGGUUUACUUGCAAAAUAUUCCCGCGGACGAUCAGGGAGAUAAAAAAAAUCGUCAUCGAGGGUUGUUCUGGUUAAAGUUCCGUCGCUUCACUGGCAACUCGGGCGGCGCGGCUCAUCCGGCGCGAGAUCAGGUCACCACGUGGGGCGUGCAGGAAGUGUGCACCUGGCUAGAGAAUCUACAGUUGGGAGAGUACGCUGACAAAUUUGUAUCUCACGAUAUACGCGGUAGGGAACUAUUGUCCCUAGCCCGCCGAGAUCUAAAGGAGCUGGGCAUCACUAAGGUGGGGCAUGUUAAACGCAUCUUACAAGCCAUCAAUGACCUCAACAACUGAAUUACUGAUUGUGAGAUCGUACAACUGAUCGUAGAAAAUGCCGCGUCCCUCCGAAGCGAACAAGUACGAUCGCAUAGGGUGUAGGAUGUAUGUAGGUAGCCGGCGGUAAAGAGAGUCUAUAUUUUCUCAUUCCAAAUGCGCAAUUGCAAGUCGAUGGGACGAAAAAAGAUAGUUUGGAAUUGGACACUUGCAAAAGAACUGUUAUGACAAGUCCAUAGAGGAUAGAUAGAUUCAUAUAUUACAUAUAUUGUACUCUUGCCCUAAAACGUUAACUACAAUUCUCAAUCAGCGAACCGAAGUGAGCCAUACUAGAUGAAAGGAGAAAGUUGAUUGCGGUAAAUCACUGUGGAAAGUAUCCUAAGCUGACUACUGCUGUAUGGAAGGAAACCACUCUGCCUGUGCCAAAUAUCUACUCUAUACUAGAAGUCAUGAGAAGCAAAGUUGAAUUUGUUAUGCAGCGACAAAUUUACAGGGCAAUUCUAUUUAUAUAUCUAGACAAACGCACAUGUAUGCGCGCGCAUACACACACACACACACACACAGAGAGAGAGAGAGAGAGAGAGAGAGUACAAAAUACGAGAAGCAUCGUCCAUCCCCCAAGGGGAUGGACUUUACUCUUACUUCACUCUCUUACGAAGCGUUAUAAAAUCCGUAGUAAAGUGACAAAGACAAAAGUCUUGCAUAAACUGCACACGCGUACGGAGUAGAAAUAUUCCUUGUCAAAUAGCAAACUUUUUAUAUCAUUGAUUAUUAUUAGAAUAACUUGCAACGUUUCGGGUUGCUACUUAGUAACUACUGUGUGUAUUCCUAUCGUUUGAAUUGAUCUUACACGCGGCGCGAGUGUGUAAUCUUAAACCCGCGAUUGCCGUAUAUUCCUGGGAAAAUGUUUCUCAUACUUUUCACGAAAAGCAAUUUAUACAUGUAUUCUUCACCUCGUUAAUUUCGUUCAAUUUAUUCCGUCUAUUGUCUUCUUUUACUUGUUGAGUUUGAGCUAUCGGUAAUAUAAGAUUAAUAUGUAAUUCUAUAAUUAUACACGUAGAUUUUCACCUUUCUCGGUUGUUUGACCAUGUUUGACGAUUAGUUUGAAAAGCAAUGUUUGGGACAAGAUGUAUAUGAAAGUGAUUCUACAUAUAUCUCCUUAUGGCAAUAAAAAACGAUAGUUAAGAAGAGCUAGAAAUGCAAAAUGUAUGCUAUAGUAGUUUUGAAAAGUUUGCAAAAGUUAUUGUGUAUAUGAUAAAAAUAGUUUUUUCUUCCUUACGGUCCGCGCAGGUUGGCUGUCAACUUGUUGCCCCCUGCUUCCUUAAUACAAUUAAGUUUCAUUAUCUUAUCCACAUUGAGUUAUGUAAAUUUAUCUAUUUUUAUAAUCUAUCUAUAACAAACGUUCUCCAAUAAUCGAUUAUUGCGCGUAUAAAAACAGUAUAAUUAUUUAUAUAGAAUCGCUCGGUAAUAUAACAAUUUCCCAUCAGCGUAACAAUCAAAUAUUAUUCCUACGAUGUGUAAUCAUUACAAUCGCAAUCGAACGAAUUGCAGUGCGAUUUUCCCACUUUCUGAACAGCCAUUUGUUCGUUUGUUCGUCUUUACUUUGGUAUUGUGUGAUAAUUAAGGAAUCUCGAUAUGAAAACGUAUUUGUGUUACAGCUUUAGUAUUACACUCUAGUACUAGUAUAUAGUUCUCACAGUUGGAAAUAGAUGAACACAUGCUGUAGUGAUUUAUAUAGUGACAUCUUAUAUGACAAAACAAAUAAUGAGUCAACAUACAAGCGAUUAGCCGAUAAAACUUAAAACCAAGUAUAAUCAAACUAUGACUACUAUAACGUUUACACAGAGAAUAUUAUUCUUAUCGGAAGACGUAGGCUUUUUAUUUAGAUCUUAGAUCAGUAUAUCUUGCCAAAGAUUUUACCCCAACAGGUUUUAAUGGUAAUUAAAUUAUGACACGCGACUUACUCUUAUUUUUCUCUUUUAUACAAUGUCUUGCAAUACAAGACACUAACGAACCUAAUCAGCUUAUUUGCAGCAUUGAAGAAACAUUUCUUUACAUUCCGAUAUAUAUAUAUAUAUAUAUAUAUAUAUAUAUAUAUAUAUAUAUAUAUUCGAAGAGACAAAAGUGCCUAUUCUAGUAGUCACUAAUCUUACAUACAGACAAGGAAUACGGACGUAAAGUCUAGAUAUAUUUGAAUGUUACAUGCAUUAAUUACAUUGUACAGUAUCCCCUUUUUCUUUUUAACUUGGAAAUAGUUACGAAAUCACAAAUUCGUAUACGUGUUUUUAUCUCGUGUGACUUUACGAAAGUUGUCAUUACAAUCAUGCGACAAAAAAUGUUAAAUGCAACUUAAUUAUAGAGAUUACAUUGUUGCAAUAACGUAACACGCAGUAUUACGUAGAAUAGUGUUAUAUUCGUAAACUUUUAAUUUGUACAUAAUAUCUUCCACACACACAAAAAAA